GGCGGUACCGGCGCCAGGGGAUCUGCGCCGAGUCCGAAGCGCCGCGGUUUCCCCGACAGCGACCGUCGGGUCUCCGGAAUCGCGCCGGGCUCGGGAACCCGGGCCAGCACCCGGGGGCGCCCCGUCUCUGGUGCAAGAGGCUGGCGCACACUCGUCCCGCUCCGGAGGACGGGGGGCUGCCCGCGCGGCGCAUCGCCGUCCACACCUCCCCGAGCCCGCUGCCCCUUAGGACUUGCUGCAAGCGGGGCGGGAGGAGCGUGGGCCUCGACCGCGGCGCGCCCCGUCUGGGCCUGGCGGGGAGCAUGGCGCUGUGGCGGGCCUACCAGCGGGCCCUGGCUGCUCACCCGUGGAAGGUGCAGGUCCUGACCGCCGGGUCCCUGAUGGGCCUGGGUGAUGUCAUCUCACAGCAGCUGGUGGAGAGACGAGGUCUGCAUGGGCACCAGUUUACUCGGACCCUGACCAUGGCCUCUCUGGGCUGUGGUUUUGUGGGUCCUGUGGUGGGAGGCUGGUACAGGGUCUUGGACCGGCUCAUCCCGGGCACCACCAAGGCAGACGCACUGAAGAAGAUGCUGUUGGACCAGGUGGGCUUUGCUCCGUGUUUCCUGGGCUGCUUCCUCCCACUGGUGGGAGCACUCAAUGGCCUGUCAGCCCAGGACAACUGGGCCAAGUUGCAGCGGGAUUACCCAGAUGCCCUCAUCACUAACUACUAUCUCUGGCCUGCUGUGCAGUUGGUCAACUUCUACCUGGUCCCCCUCCAUUACAGGUAUGACAUACCUCUAUAUCAGCCUUCAGGGAAGAGCCAGAUUCUCAAGGGUUGUAGACCAGGCUGGCUGUUGUCCAGUGUGUUGCUGUGAUCUGGAACUCCUACCUGUCCUGGAAGGCACAUCAACUCUAAGCCUGCCUCCUACCGCGUCUUCCUCCCCGCAGUGAUGCAGCCUGGCCCCCAGCUGGCCAGCCAACCUCCUCAGCAUGGACACACCAGACUUCAUAGGGUGGAACUUAAGGGCUCAGUGCUAGAAAAUGGCCUAUUUCACCCCAAAACAUACCAACAGGACUCCUUUUGAAAUCACGGAAACUUUUACUUGGUCUCAUACCCUCCAUGAAUUAGGAACUCUUUAAAUGUGUGUUGAACAAUAUGGCCUACCUUUAGUGUACACCCAUCUUCCAGCAUAUGCCAGUGUCCCUCCCUCCUCUUUAUAGAACACUUAUUUCUCUACCCCUACCCAGACCUUGUGCAGCUUCAGCUUUUAAACUCUUGACAUGGUGCCUUCAUAAGUGUUAUUAAAUACAUGAUCUGGGAUCUGCAGAGGCAAUAAGUAAGGCUGUGGAGAAGAUUACUAGGGAGUCAAAACUCCAGCCAGAAAGAAGCUGAGGCCACCAUGCGCAGUCUUCUUUUACAGGUGGGGACAGUGAGGUCACAGAAGAAAGAUGGCUUGUCCACACAUUAGGCAGAAUGGAAGCCUGAACCCAAGCACUGAAGAUUGACUGCACACCCCCCCAUCUGCUGGAAGCCUGUUGCCUAGAGGAGGCGCUGGAGGAGGUGGGCUCUGGGGGUCGGGGCUGAGCCCACACAGGAUUAGUGCCUUUAUGAAAGAGACCCCCUGCCCCUCUGCCGUGUGAGGACUCAGGGAGGGUGCCAUCCUUGAACCAGAGAGUGGGCUCUCGCCAGAAGCAACGGUGCCAUGACCUUCCCAGCCUCCAGCACUGUGAGAAAUAAAUGCUUCUUGUUUAUAAGCCAA